CGAAUCAAAUCUUUAUUAUCAGAAAUUGUGAGAGAUGAAUUCACAAAACUACACAGCUCUCGCUCAAAACGAAGAAAAGGUAAGGGAAGCUACUGCGAAAAAUGAAGCGCCAGAUUCGAGUUGCGGAGUUUUUUCCCUUAGACCGCGCAUCCUUCAACCCUGUGCCAACAUUAUGAGCUACACAUUGUUUUACAGUAUGGCGGGCCUUUUCUCUUCAACUCUAUCUUCUUAUGUUAAUUCACAGGUAACGACUUUAGAGCGACAGUUUGGGUUCAGUUCCAAGCAGACCGGACUAAUUCUGGCAGCCAACGACAUCGGGUACCUGAUCUCUGUAUUGUUCAUCAGCUUCUCAGCGGCCAGGAUUCACAUUCCCAGGGCGCUCGGUGUGGCGACCGUCAUCUUUGGUCUGUCUGGACUCAUCUGCUCCCUGCCGCAUUUCAUCUUCGGUGCCCAGACCAGCCUGGACCUUGGUCAAAGUAAUGGAACCGUGUCAAGGUCAUCGGUCUAUGGUGACCUGUGUGUGGACGUGAACGAGACCUCCACGAGAUGUGCCGCCAAGCCAGCUAACGACACCUGGAAGGUCUACCUCCCUGGGCAGGUGGCUACCGUGUCCCUGGGACUGAUCGUGCUGGGCAUGAUGCUGCAGGGGUUCGGCAAGGCCCCGCGGUCGUCCUUGACAACCACAUACGUGGACGACAACACGGUCAAGUCGAGCACCGGAUUUUAUUUGGGUAUAAUCAUAGCAUGUUCCAUGUUUGGGCCUGUCAUUGCCUACGUAAUGGGCGGAGUCUUCAGCCGGAUGUACGUCACACUAGGGG